AAGCUGUUUAAUUUCAUGGCAAGCACGUGAGAACAGUGGGCUGGGAGAGAAGGGGUGAGGGAGGAUACGCGCUACUUAACUUGCCAACUAAUUUUAAGUCCCACAAUCUAACGUGUGCGUCUCCUACUGGAAACGAUGCCGAUCGGUACCUUUCUUUGCCUGCUGGCUCUGGUGCGCCUCUCCCAACAGCAGUUCCCAAGGGCGUGUGCCACUGCUGAGGCUCUUCUCAGUAAGGAGUGCUGUCCCAUAUGGGAAGGCGACGGCUCCCAGUGUGGACAGGCUUCUGGCAGAGGGUCUUGCCAGGAUGUCACCAUCUCGGAAGCCCCUGACGGGCCGCAGUUCCCCCAUUCUGGCGUGGACGAUAGAGAGCAAUGGCCUGUGGUUUUCUACAAUCGUACCUGUCAAUGCGCCGGUAAUUUCAUGGGCUUCAAUUGUGCCGAUUGUAAAUUUGGUUUUUUUGGCCCAAACUGCGAGGAAUGGAGAGUGUCUAUCAGAAGGAACAUUUUACACCUGACUUCGUCCGAAAAGAAUAAAUUCAUCGCCUACCUCAACUUGGCUAAGAAUACCAUCAGUAAAGACUUUGUCAUUGCCACCGGUACUUACAACCAAAUGAACAACGGCUCCAACCCACUGUUCCGAGACAUCAGCGUCUACGACCUCUUUGUAUGGAUGCACUAUUACACUUCACGAGAUGCCUUACUUGGGGGCACCGAUAACGUAUGGCGGGAUAUCGACUUUGCCCAUGAGGCCCCAGCUUUCCUACCUUGGCACCGAGCCUUUCUGCUGCUCUGGGAACAUGAAAUUAGGAAACUGAGUGGCGAUGAUAGCUUCACUAUUCCUUACUGGGACUGGAGAGACGCGGAAAGCUGCGACGUGUGCACAGACGAAUACAUGGGGGGUCGCCAUCCUACUAACCCCAAUAUCCUCAGCCCGGCUUCCUUCUUCUCUUCUUGGCAAGAUACUUUCCUUGCCCUUUGACAGUAUUGGAGGACC